GAUUGUUCAAUCUGAUGGCUCACUCCUCCACACUCUCCCGAAGUUUCGAGAAUGCCAUCGACUGCUUCUGUGGAGCGGGCAGCAAUUACUGCACGCAAACAGGCGGCGCGAAAGAUAGUCAGCGACCGUCUGAGGUUGCUUCCAUAUGAAAGCAUCGCGGAUCAAUCGCGAACUGUCGCGGAUACAAUCAGAAAAUUGCCUGAGUACCAGGAUGCUCGGAAUAUCGGAUUAUACAUGCACAUGGAAGUGUCUACUUCAGUUCCUCGAAAAAGCGGUCGGAGCGUCGAAGUGCAGACUGAUCUGAUGAUUCAGAACGCAUUCGAGGACGGAAAAAGUGUGUUUUUACCUCGAAUCGUUCCUGAUUCUGAACUGACUCAUGGCUUGAAAGACCUAUUCUACAAAACACUGUCGCAUCAACAGGAUAGUUCUGAGUCGAUAUUCACACCAAAGUCAUUCUUAAAGAUGCUGAAAAUGCCAGACUAUGCCUCAGUCGCAGAGCUAAAGACCGAGAACGACGCUCAUAGUUUUAUAAUACGAGAGCCACCCACAGAAAAUGAAGAUGCAUUUGAAGGAGACGGGCUCGAUAUAAUCAUUGUGCCAGGCUUGGUAUUUAAUGAAUCGUGUGAUCGCAUCGGUAGGGGAAAAGGGUUUUAUGAUACAUAUAUCGGACUUCACAACGCGUGGUCUGACGCCAGAGAAAACGCAUCAAAGCCAUUACUAGUCGGUAUCGCUCUUCGUGAGCAGAUCAUUCAGCGACUAGAAUCCGAGUCUGAAUUGCCCAGAGAGGAGCAUGAUCAAAUCCUCGAUAUUCUUGUGGUUGAAUCAGAUAUUCAUAGGCGACGCAGAUAACAAUCACAUUAUAUUGACGAAUAGCU